AGAACUGCUUCCUUCAAGCUGUAAACCAGUUUGACCAGGGACAUUUUUGUCAACAUAUGAUCACUGCCUUGCAUUUCUCCGCUGGCUUUCUCAAAGUGGAUAAAGAUGGGCAACUCAAGGGAGGAAAUAUUCUACCAAUUAGAUAACGACUACAACGACACUUAUGAUGACUAUUUUGAUUACUACGAAGAACCUUGUUCAUACCUGAACACGAACAGCAUUGAGCUGAUGGUCAUACCUUACGUUCACAUCAUCAUCUCCAUCCUGGGCUUUGUAGGGAACAGCCUGGUGAUCGUCACCUAUUCCUUCUACAAGAGUACCAAGUCCAUGACAGACGUCUACCUGCUGAACGUGGCCAUCGCAGACCUGCUGUUCGUGGUUUCGCUGCCUCUUAUCGUCUACAACCAGCUAUGGGCGUGGCCGAUGGGGGCGGUGGCCUGCAAGCUGCUGCGCGGCUCCUACAGCGUGAACCUGUACAGCGGCAUGCUGCUGCUGGCCUGCGUCAGCGCCGACCGCUACGUUGCCAUCGUCCAUGCCAGCCGCAACUUUAGACUGCGCUUGCUGCCUUACAGCCGUCUCAUCUGCGCCGUCAUCUGGGCCUCCGCCUUACUGCUGUCCGUCCCAACCUUCUACUUCUACAGCUGGUACCUGCCGUCCCAUAUCAUGGACGCCUUCAUGGAAGAGGAGGAGGGAAACCAGACCUCUGGGCCUCCACAGUACAUCUGCGAGCUCAGGUUUAUGGACACAACCACAGCGUUCAAUACCAAGAUGGCGGUCCCAAGCACCCAGCUGGUCUUUGGCUUCUUCAUACCGCUGCUUGUCAUGAUCUGCUGCUACACCGCCGUCAUCGGCACCUUGUGUAAAGCCAGAAACUUCCAGCGGCACAAGGCGAUGCGAGUGGUUCUGGCCGUGGUUGUGGUUUUCAUCGUCUGCCACCUGCCCUACAACAUCACACUGCUCUAUGACACCGCCAACAUGUUCAAGCUGCAGUCAUGUAAAGAGUCGGACAUCCUGCAGGCGGCCAAGACCGUGACGCAGACCGUCGCCUACCUGCACUGCUGCCUGAACCCGGUGUUGUACGCCUUCGUCGGGGUGAACUUCAGGAACCACUUCAGGAGUCUCUUCCAGGACAUGUGGUGUCUGGGGAAGAAAUCUAGAAAGUUACCUCCUAGACCCAAAGAUCCAGAAAGUUUCCUCCUAGACCCAAAGAUCCAGAAAGUUACCUCCUAGACCCAAAGAUCCAGAAAGUUUCCUCCUAGACCCAAAGACCCAGAAAGUUUCCUCCUAGACCCAAAGACCCAGAAAGUUACCUCCUAGACCCAAAGACCCAGAAAGUUUCCUCCUAGACCCAAAGACCCAGAAAGUUUCCUCCUACACCCAAAGAUCCAGAAAGCUACCUCCUAGACCCAAAGAUCCAGAAACUACCUCCUAGACCCAAAGAUCCAGAAAGCUACCUCCUAGACCC